AUGAGACUCGCAUUUCAAGUUGUUGUACUCUUCUUACACUUGAGUGGAGGGCUUGCCCUGCCAUCAAGGCAUGGCAAUGUUAAAAGGACAGAAACCACUCAACCAUUUGGCACCUCGUUUGGAGUUCCACGAAAUAAUUCGUUCGAUUAUGUCAUUGUCGGUGGAGGCAAUGCUGACUUGACUCUCGCCGCCCGUCUUGCGAAGAAACACACAGUUGCGGUGAUUGAGGCAGGUAGCUUUUACGAGAUUGGAAAUGGAAAUAGGAGCAAUAUUCCCGCUUAUGAUAUCGAAUACACGGGAAAGGACCCUCGAGACACGAAUCCACUGAUUUACUGGGGUUUUUCGACGACGCCACAAACUGAGUUGCUUAAUGUCUCAGCACACUACACAAGAGGCAAAACCCUGGGUGGUUGUUCAGCCAGAAAUUAUAUGGCUUACCAUCGUGGGACCAGGCUUGCGUAUCAGAAAUGGGCCGACGAUAUUGACGAUCAAAGCUAUUCAUUCAAGGAUAUGUUGCCAUUUUUCGAGAAGAGUAUUCAUUACACACCGCCGGAUGGCCAGAAGAGAGCUCAAAAUGCAACACCCGAAGUGGAUUUGUCAAAUCUGACAUCUAACAACAGUGACAGCCCAUUAUCUGUCACUUUCGCAAACUAUGCACAGCCUGCCUCUUCCUGGGUGCAGAGAGCCUUUCAACAGAUUAGUGUUCAUCCUAUCACGGGAUUCACAAGUGGAAAUUUGAUUGGAUCUUCUUACACUCUCGCCACCAUCAAUGCAAGCACGCAAACCAGAGAUUCGUCUGAGACCUCAUUUCUAAGGUCCUCUCUCAACAACGGAAAUCUGACAAUUUACACUUCUUCCUUGGCAACGAAGAUUAUAUUUGACGAGCACAAAGUCGCCGUUGGAGUUAAUGUGGACACUGAGGGGCUGAAUUACACUCUUUCUGAUGUUCCGAAAGACAGAUUCAAUUACGCUACCGUCUCUAUUGCUGUGGUCGCUCCUCAGUCAAGUGGCACAAUUAGUAUCACUUCAAAAGACAUGAAAGAUCCUCGACUUGUUAAUCCAAGAUGGCUUACUGAUCUCGCGGAUCGAGAAGUCCUCCUGGCGGGAAUCAAGCGGGUGAGAGAAUUGUUCGCAACAAGCUCUAUGCAACCUGUUUUGAUUGGCACAGAAGCUUUUCCGGGGCCCGAUGAAGACCGAUGA